AUGGCUACUACUGGUGUCUACUGGUGUCUUGUAUUGACUGAAUGUUUGAGUCUUGUAGUAUCUAUUGUAGUUCAAUAUAGUCAAACAGUUCCUAGUCCUGGUGUUACACCAUGUCCUGGUGAUAGAAUAGUACUUACUUGUACAACUGACACUGAUACUGUUCCUGGUGGUAUACUAUUAUGGGCAAAUGAUGAUGGUGGGAUAAAUCAAAUCAUAAAUAUUACUCAACCAACUAAAGGAGGGAGUCUCUCUAUUGAGGUUACUGCUGUUGAUGGUAAUAUGAUAACAAGUACUGCUACUAUUGAAUCAGUGCCUGCAUCAUUGAAUGGAACUAUGAUUGGUUGUGCAGGUUUAGAUAUUGUCUUCACUUAUGUAACUAUCAAUGACACUACAUUACAUCCUCCUAUUGAGUAUUACAUUAUUAAUGUAUACAUUACAACAAUUUGUAUUAAUAGUUGUUCUGUGUACAGUUAUAAUGUAACAGAUACUAAUACUACUAUUACUGGACUAUCUCCUAUUAAUGAAUACUACACUGUUACUAUCAUACCUGUUAAUGUUAUUGGAUAUGGACCAUCAGUCACUGUUAAUGUCAGUAUAACCACUACUACAUCAAGUAUCACUAACAUUAUGAUGAGUACUACUGAGUAUAUCAUAAUGCAAGAUAAAAGCUCGGCUAUGACAGCAUUACCAACAAUCACAGAAACACAAUUAAUUACAACAACUGAAACAAUCAGUAGUUGUACUGACAGUUGUUCCUUAUGCCUUACCACAACAAUGUCACAAUCAACAGAUGUAGGAUUCAUUAGUGUUGCUAUUGCCAUACCUAUCACUGGUCUAUUAACUGGACUCAUUACUUGCAUAAUUAGUAUCAUU